AUGGCCAACUUGGAGGGCAGAAAGUUCAGUCUAAAGACGACUCUCCAGAUAGCUGUCCAAAUCAUCACCCGGAGCCAAGAUUUGCACCACCAACGUCUCGUCCAUGCCGGAAUCAAACCGGACAACCUUUGUAUCGGCUUGCGAGCGAGGGGCAAGGAUGGGAUGGUGUACAUGAUUGACUUUGAUCGCGCUCAAGAGUAUAUCGACCGGGGUGGGGACCUCAUUCCCAAUAAGGCGCAGGGCCUUGGGAACCAUCUCUGGACUUCGUUGAAUGUCGAUCACAAAAACCAGCCUGCGAGACGGGACGAUAUGGAGUCGGCGGGGUAUCUCUUUGUUUACUUCUUGACUGACCGGGACCUUGCCGUGGCUAGGCGCUUCUUCCCACAAAGAGGCCGAAAUAAUCAGUAG